CUUCUACUACAAGCACUACUCUUAUCUUCCCUUUCUCUCUUUAGUCAAUACUGCUCUUUCACGAAACCCCUCCCACUUCCGUCUCUGUUUUCUACUUUUCUUGUCCCGUCUAAAGCGAUCAUUAAUCUGUAAGAAAGCCGUGAAGAGAGACAGAGGAACGAACUUCUUUGUAAGAGAAAUACCAAAUUUCUGCUGUAUGUCAGUGAAGUACUACAGUGGUGGUGAGAAGCACAGCUACGGCGGCGGAUACGGCGAGCUCGCUAACCCUUCAGAAUGGCCACAAGUCAGGAAAAGGCGACGCUUUCUCCAACAGCUUCUGGGAAUCCCAUCAGCAGCAAGACUUCAGCAGCAGCCAUGGCGACCGUGAUCCACCCUGUUCUUGAUCCCCUCUCUGAUUCCCCUCCUUCUGCUACUACCAAAACGACUGCCGCCACUCCAGUUAUGGCUAGGGCACAGACAUGCCACCCAUUGGACCCAUUAAUGGCCGCUGAAAUAGCUGUGGCUGUGUCUACUGUUAGAGCUGCUGGGAAGACACCUGAGGUGAGGGAUAGUAUGCGGUUUAUUGAAGUGGUUCUUGUGGAGCCAGACAAGAAUGUUGUUGCCCUUGCGGAUGCAUACUUCUUCCCUCCAUUUCAGCCUUCAUUGCUUCCCAAAACUAAAGGCAGGCCAGUGAUUCCCACAAAGCUUCCUCCUAGACAAGCCAGGCUUGUUGUUUAUAACAAGAGGUCAAACGAGACGAGCAUAUGGACUGUUGAGCUCAAUGAAGUUCAUGCUGCAACUAGAGGAGGCCAUCAUAGGGGCAAAGUCAUUUCAUCUAAAGUUGUUCCGGAUGUGCAACCUCCAAUGGACGCUGAAGAGUAUGCUGAAUGUGAGGCUGUGGUGAAAGACUUCCCACCAUUUCGAGAGGCUAUGAGGAAGAGGGGGAUUGUGGAUAUGGAUCUUGUCAUGGUGGAUCCUUGGUGUGUUGGGUACCACAGUAAUGCUGAUGCACCUAGCCGCAGGCUUGCUAAGCCGCUAAUCUUCUGCAGAACUGAGAGUGACUGCCCCGUGGAGAAUGGAUAUGCUCGUCCUGUUGAAGGAAUCCAUGUUCUUGUCGAUAUGCAGAACAUGGUGGUGAUUGAAUUUGAGGACCGUAAACUUGUUCCUUUACCGCCAGCCGAUCCCUUGAGAAACUACACUGCUGGGGAAACUCGAGGUGGUGUUGAUAGGAGUGAUGUGAAACCUCUGCAGAUAAUUCAGCCUGAAGGUCCAAGCUUCCGCGUCAAUGGCCACUUUGUCAAUUGGCAGAAGUGGAAUUUUCGGAUUGGCUUCACUCCACGAGAGGGUUUAGUGAUAUAUUCUGUUGCUUAUCUUGAUGGAAGUCGAGGGAGGAGACCUGUGGCACAUAGACUCAGUUUUGUUGAGAUGGUUGUCCCUUAUGGUGACCCAAAUGAUCCACAUUACAGGAAGAAUGCUUUUGAUGCAGGAGAAGAUGGGUUAGGGAAAAAUGCACAUUCUCUCAAGAAAGGCUGUGAUUGUCUGGGCUACAUAAAGUACUUUGAUGCCCAUUUCACAAACUUCACAGGAGGAGUCGAAACGAUUGAGAACUGUGUUUGUCUGCAUGAAGAGGAUCAUGGAAUCUUAUGGAAGCAUCAGGAUUGGAGAACUGGUUUGGCUGAGGUCCGUCGGUCCAGGAGGCUAACUGUGUCUUUCAUAUGCACAGUGGCUAACUAUGAGUACGGAUUCUUCUGGCACUUUUAUCAGGAUGGGAAGAUAGAAGCUGAGGUAAAGCUCACUGGAGUUCUUAGCCUAGGAGCACUACAGCCAGGGGAAGUUCGGAAAUAUGGAACGAUGAUCGCUCCUGGAUUGUAUGCACCAGUCCAUCAACACUUUUUCGUUGCACGUAUGGACAUGGCUGUUGAUUGUAAGCCUGGUGAAGCAUUUAACCAGGUUGUUGAAAUGAAUGUUAAAGUUGAAGAUCCCGGAAAAGAUAAUGUACACAACAAUGCAUUCUACCCAGAAGAGGAACUUCUCAGGACUGAAUUGCAGGCAAUGCGUGACUGCAAUCCUCUCUCGGCCCGCCAUUGGAUUGUGAAUUAGGAACACAAGAACUGUGAACCGAACCGGACAACUCACAGGCUACAAACUAUUACCUGGAUCAAACUGUCUGCCAUUAGCUGGGUCAGAAGCAAAGUUCCUCAGAAGGGCUGCCUUCUUGAAACAUAACCUCUGGGUUACAGCAUAUUCCCGGGACGAAAUGUAUCCUGGAGGAGAGUUCCCUAAUCAAAACCCGCGAUCAGGGGAAGGAUUGGCCACUUGGGUCAAGCAGAAUCGACCCAUUGAAGAAACUGACAUUGUCCUUUGGUAUGUAUUUGGAGUUACGCAUAUCCCUCGAUUGGAAGAUUGGCCGGUCAUGCCAGUGGAGCGCAUUGGUUUCAUGCUCAUGCCACAUGGGUUCUUUAAUUGCUCCCCGGCGGUAGAUGUGCCUCCUAGUACUGGCGAUUGUGAGCUCAAAGACGCUGUAAUUGCGACAAAGCCUAUUCAAAAUUCCCUCAUUCCCAAGCUGUGAUGUGAAACUUCAUUUCAUUUUGGAAGCCAUGGGAAGUUCAAGUUCCCACCUUUACCUUAUGCUACUUACUUUGUUGGUUGGAAGGAACUGUGCUUUCUUGCCAUUGUGGUAAUCUGUCCAAGUUUUUUGGGGCCUCCCCCUACACACUAGCUAUGUUUCUCGAUGCUUAUUUUUCUGAUUGUUUUCCUCCCCUGUCGCAAUUAAGAAAUAGUCAUAAUCGUGACCGGAGAAAAAGAAAUAGUCGUCCUAAUUGUGACCGGAGAAAAAAACCUAACGUCCUUUAGACCAUCAAGAUUACAAAAAAUUACCAGGUAA